CCCCCUGGGAAGCCCCUCCCUCCGCCGCGGGGUGGGGCGAGCGUAGCGCCGCGUCACGUGACCGGCGGCCGCGGAGGUGACAGCCAGACCGGGCCCGCUCGGCCGCCGCCGCCGGCAUGUCGGGCAAGGACCGCAUCGAGAUCUUCCCCUCGCGGAUGGCUCAGACCAUCAUGAAGGCUCGCUUGAAGGGAGCUCAAACAGGUCGCAACCUCUUGAAGAAGAAGUCUGAUGCUUUGACACUUCGAUUCAGGCAGAUCCUUAAGAAAAUUAUCGAGACAAAGUUGCUGAUGGGGGAGGUGAUGAGAGAAGCUGCCUUUUCGCUUGCCGAGGCAAAGUUUACAGCAGGAGAUUUCAGUACUACUGUGAUCCAAAAUGUGAACAGAGCUCAAGUCAAGAUCAGAGCUAAGAAAGACAACGUAGCAGGUGUAACCUUGCCGGUUUUUGAGCAUUAUCAGGAAGGAGGGGACAGCUAUGAGCUGACUGGCUUGGCCAGGGGUGGAGAACAGCUGGCUAAGCUGAAGAGGAACUACGCCAAAGCCGUGGAGCUGCUUGUGGAACUGGCCUCCUUACAGACAUCUUUCGUUACUUUGGACGAAGCCAUUAAAAUUACAAAUAGACGUGUGAAUGCAAUUGAACAUGUGAUUAUUCCCAGGAUCGAGCGUACUCUUUCCUAUAUCAUCACAGAACUGGAUGAAAGAGAACGAGAGGAAUUCUACAGGUUAAAGAAGAUCCAGGAGAAGAAAAAAGUAUUGAAAGAAAAAUCUGAGAAAGAACGGGAGCUGCGGAGGGCUGCUGGUGGGGAACGUGAACCAGCCAAUCUCUUAGCAGAAGAGAAGGAUGAAGACCUUCUCUUUGAGUAACCUGAUGCAGUUGUUGUAUUUGGAGCAGGGGACCCAGAAUACAGAAUGCCCAGUUACUGUAUAAUUUGGGACAUUGCCUCAGUCGUAUUUAUGUGGCUUCUCAGUUGGUGUAUAAGUCUGAGUUGACCGGAUUGUGGAUUUCUCCUGGGAGAUUAGAAAUCUGGGAACUUGAAUGCAGCAUUUGGAAGGAGAGAUGAAUACGGUGCUUUAAUAUCAGGAAGGCCUUCUGUUAUGUGUUCAGCCUGCUUCUUCACUUAAUAGGAAUGGCUGUCCACAACUGUUCUUUUUACAGGAUGGCUCUGGAUUUGUCUAGUCAGAUUCCUUUUUAAUUGCUUCCCUUGCUACUACAAGCAGUGGGAAAUGUUAUUUAAGGAGGGAGACGUGUGCACUGUUCUUUACUGCUAAAACAUGAAUUAAUGUGAAAGUUGCUUAAAGCAGGUACUGGCACAACUGAAGUAAAAUGCAAGUAUAGGCAACUCUAGUUUUCUAACCUGUUGAUGAAAUCCAUAGUCUUCUAUGAUUUACUGUUGCACGAUCAUUACACCACUGGCCCAAAACAUCUAUGGUUCUAAUUAGAGAUUCUGCCAAUUUGUGUACUGUCUGUACUAGAAACAAGUAAAAGCUCUAACUGUCGAAUGUG